UCGUCGAAGCUAUCUGACAGCAACAAUGGUGGUGACAAUUCCAAACCUCUGGGCCUCUUAGUUAAGGGAUUUCCCAUGCGGUCUACCGACUCGAGUAUCAGGGACGGGCUGUACCACGAUUACAAAAAGUAUGGAAAGGUUUUGUCGGUUAAUGUCAUCGGCCAGGCUGAUGAUAGGCACGCUAUCGUUAGCUUUAAAAAAUCGGAAGAUGCAGCUAAAGCUCUGGAAGCCUCACAAGAGAAAAAGUUCUUUGGGACAAAACUGCAAGUCUUCCCACACGAAGAAUUGAAGCCAGAAUUCCGUCAGCAAGACGACCAAGACGAGUACCACCACAAAGCCACCAGGACUCUAUUCAUCGGCAACCUGGACAAGACUACAACCAAAGAAUUCCUCAGAGAUAUACUCGUAAAAUAUGGAAACAUUAUCGACAUAGAUAUAAAGAACCAAGGACAAGCCACCUGCUAUGCAUUCAUCCAGUUUGAUAAUAUUCGCUCAGUCGUUCAGGCUCUAAGGGAGAUGGACGAUGAGAUGAUUAAUAAUAACAAAAUAAAGGUUGGAUUCGGCAAGAGCAUGCCAACAAACUGCGUCUGGCUGGAAGGAAUCGACCACACGGUGUCGGAGAAGUUCCUCGCCCUGCAACACCUCACAGCAUUUGGACACAUCAUCGGCAUGUACAUCGAUAGGAAGACCACCAGAGCACUCAUUUUCUACGAAUCCGUCGAUCAGUCCAUCAUGGCUGUCGGCGAACUCAGGGGCCGGUUGGUCAACGAUAAAAGAAUACAGGUGAGAUAA